GACGAAGUUCCAUCAUUCCCCACCUUUUCCCACACACAACCAACACAAAAUGGAGGAAGAUCUCACCGCAGUGCUGAAGGACGAAAACGACGUCGCUGACCUGCAGUCGGCCAACGACGCUCUUUACGACCGAGACGGUGAUCAAGACCGUGACUCGAGGGAUCUUCGGGAACGAGACAGCGAAGACAAGAAUGGCAUCACUUCCCCUUCAAAGAAAGUUGGCGGUGCCGACGACGGCCACAACGCUGGGGAUGCGCCUUCCGGGUCUGAGAGAUAUCGGGCAAGAUCCCCUCGUGGGGAUCGCUACCGCAGAGGUCCCUAUGACCGCCCUGAAGCUCGUGGUGGUCCUUCCAAGUAUUCCGCUGGACCUCGAGACCCCGCUCGCGGAGCGUCUAAGAAGGAGUGCAGGGUGUAUGUAGGAAACCUGGCUUACGAAGUCGGAUGGCAGGAUCUAAAAGACUUCAUGCGCAAAGUUGGAGAAGUCGUCUUCGCCGACAUUCUUACUCUGUCAUCGGGACGAUCGAAAGGAUGUGGUGUCGUCGAGUUUUCUACACCCGAGGAAGCACAGAAAGCUAUCAAGGAGCUGAGCGACACUCCAUUCAUGGGACGACCUGUUUUCAUUCGCGAGGACCGGGAGAACGACGCUAAGUUUGGUUCUCAAAGUGCCCUUGGGGGUGCUCCUGGUGGUGGCCGGGAUGCCGGGAAGGCUGUCUUUGUUGGAAACCUUCCGUAUGUUGUGGCGUGGCAAGAUUUGAAGGAUCAUUUCCGCCAAGCUGGUCAUGUUGUGCGCGCCGAUGUGCAUGAGUUAUCGGAUGGAAAGUCAAAGGGCAACGGCACCGUCGUGUUCGAGACCCCAGAGGAAGCUUACAACGCUAUAACUAUGUUCGACGGGACCGAAUGGCAUGGGAGACGACUGGAAGUGCGCGAGGAUCGAUACACGGGCUCGAUGGGUCGCGGUGGACCCCCUCCUCCCAGAUACGGUGGCGCUGGCCCGCGGGGAUACGACAAGCCCAGGGGCUACGGGGGUAGAGAUUACUACGGCGGAGGCGGCGGUCACGGAGGUUAUGGUGGGUAUGACGCUCCGCCACCAAGGGAUUACUACGGCGGAGGCGGUGGCGGUGGUUAUGAAGGCGGUUACGGAGGCGGUUAUGGAGGCGGUUACGGCGGCGGCGGCGCUUACGGCGGAUACGACCGUGGAGGACCUGCUUAUGGUGGUCCUGAAUAUGGAGCCGCUCCUCCACCCCAUCGUGGCGACUUCUACAAGGAUUACCCUCCCCCACCGCCACCACCAGGCACGGGAGCUUAUCCGGUCGACAGCCGCGGCGCAUACGCAGAACGCGGAGGAGCCGGUGGUCCAUACGCUGACCCCCGCAGCGGAGCGCCGCCGCCGGCAGGUCCCGGAGCGUACGGAGAUCGCUACGACCCCGCCGUGCGAGGGGGUGCUAGUCAGUUCUACGGCGACUACCACCGUUAAAUGAAGCAGACCACUUCCCUUCUCGAAUGAGCUUGAAGCAAAAUCAAGCGACAGGUUCACAGGAUCUCAAGCGUGAGCCCGAAGAUUUGAAACUGAAACUGGAGCUCCAAAUGUUCUCACAUUGUACCUAUCAAGAAUAUUCUGCCUUUACUUUUGAUUGCAUUGAAGUGAAUAUCAUGCAUAUAUUUUUCGACGAAGCUUCGGCAGGUUGUCUCCUGUCUUCGAGCAAGAUGCACCGUUCUUUGCAGACCAUUGUACGCAUACUUUUGUGCUUGGGUCCUUUUUGG